AAUCUGCUAAUUGUGACCUAGUCGCGAGCUCGUUUUAAAGUCCGCGCUCAAAAAAUUACAAAUUAAAAAUAAUAAUACUACGUUUUACGUUUAACUGAUCUACACUUUUAAUGGCCAGCUAGAAUCUAAACGCAACUGUGAUAUAAAUUAUUCAUAUUGUACAUAUACGUACAUAUAUAGCCCAAGCUUGACUCAAUUAUUCUACAAGAUGCAUUCGGUUCUCCUGAUACUCGCCGCUGUCUGUGCGUCAGGCACUUGGGCGGCCACAGUGCAGCCGCCGCCCGUUAUACAAACCCUGAGCACCACGGGCAGCGGCAGCGGCAGCGGCAUUGGACCAGAGUUCAAGCUGGAGGCGGACAAGGAGAGCGUUUUGGAAGAUGCACUAUUCUGGCGGCGAGUGGGCCUUAAGCAGCUGGGUAAAACAAUAGAAAAGGCAAAGCACGCCAAGGAAAACUCAUAUCAGCACAAGGCCAAGAACAUUAUUAUCUUUAUUGGCGAUGGUAUGGGCUUGUCCACGAUCAGUGCCGGGCGCAUCUACAAGGGCCAGUACCUAAAGCAUGGACAUGGCGAGGAGGAAAUGCUGUCUUUUGAUGAGUUUCCCCACACGGGCCUGGCCAAGACCUACAAUGUGGAUAAACAGGUGCCGGACUCGGCGGGCACAGCUACAGCUAUAUUCACGGGCGUCAAGAGCGACUAUGGCGCCAUUGGCAUGGACACCACGCGCUCCAAGCUGAACGACAGCCAGGGUCGACUCGACUCCAUCAUGGACUGGGCACAGCGUGAGGGCAAACGCACCGGCGUGGUGACCACCACACGCAUUACACACGCCACGCCCGCGGCCACCUUUGCGCGUGUCUAUCAUCGGGAUUGGGAGUGCGACUCGGAGGUGCCACAGGAGUCCAUUGGCAUACAUGCGGACAUUGCACGCCAGCUGGUCGAGAAUGCGCCGGGCAACAAGCUGAACGUGGUGCUGGGUGGUGGCCUAUCGCCCAUGGGCGCUUUCAACGAGAGCGAGGUGCAGACCGUCCGAUUCGAGGGCGGCACCGAGACCAUCUGCAAGCGUAGCGAUGAACGCAAUCUGGCCAAGGAGUGGCUGCAGCGGCAUGCCAACGACAGCGCUGACGCAGCGCUGGUGUACACACGUGAGCAGCUGCUGAAGGUGGAUGUGGAGGAGGUGGAUCAUUUGAUGGGUCUGUUUCGGAACAAUCACAUCACCUACUCCAUAGCACGCGAACAGGGCGAACCGUCGCUGCAGGAGAUGACCGAGACGGCCAUCGGGGUGCUGGAGCGUGGCAAAAAGUCGCCGGGCUAUGUGCUUCUCGUAGAGGGCGGACGCAUUGAUCAGGGUCAUCAUCAGAAUUAUGCACGUGCCGCCUUGCACGAGGUCUACGAACUGGAUCUGGCCGUGCAGGCCGCUCUGAAGGUGACCGAUUCGGAGGAGACGCUCAUUCUGGUCACAGCGGAUCAUUCGCAUUCGGUGACAUUCAAUGGUUAUCCGGAACGCGGCGCCGAUAUUUUGGGCGCCGCCAAUUCACACAAGCCCAAGGAUCCCAUGGUAUAUGAGACCAUAACGUAUGCCAAUGGACCCGGCUACUUCGACCAUUUGGCGAAUGAAACAAAGCCGGCAAACAGCUCCAAUGUGUGGAUGCCACUCAAGCUGUACACCAAGGAGCAGACCGAAUCCCCCACCUAUCGCCACAUGGCCACGCUGGCGCUCAAGGAUGAGACGCAUGGCGGCGAGGAUGUGAUUGUCUUUGCCAGCGGCCCCGGCUCCAGUCUGGUACGCGGUGUCUUCGAGCAAAACUAUUUGGCCUACGUUAUGAGCUAUGCCGGCUGCAUUGGUCCCGCCAAAAAUUUUGAUGACUCCUGCAAGCGCCAUCUGUCGACAGCUGGCGACAACAAGGCCGAAAGCAGCGCCGCCGCCCUGAGACUCUCGCUGCUUCCGCUAUUGGCCGCUUGGCUGAUCGCGCAUCUGCUUUAAUUCUUUACGUAUUCCUUACAUAUGCAUAUGCAUACACGUAACUGUAUGUGUAUUUGCACACAUGCGAACUUUGUUAAUGUGUGUGUUUGUUGUACCAUAUAGUAUUUACGGUUUUGUAGUUAACUUGAUUAAUAUAUAAGCAGAAGCGAUUAAAGUAAAUUAGUUAAAUAAAAAA